GUUUUCACCAUCUACCUUUACGCGGUUUUCACAGCCUACGUGCAGGCAGACAUGAGCGUUCCCUGGUAAAGAAAAGAGGAAGUUUCCCGAUCCACUCAAAACAAGAGCUGGAGCCGGUGGGUUUAACGAUGCUCCUUCAAAGCUUGUGCCUGGCUUUACUCAUCCCGGCCUUGGUGGAGGCUCAGUAUGAGACGUACAGCUUUAAAAGUUUCCCUCAAAAGGACAUCAUGCCGCUGGACUCGACGUACGGCUACGCGCUGGAGCAGUACGCGGCGCAGAACUGGGCACAGAGCAUCAAGUUCCUGGAGCUCAGCCUGCGGCUCCACCGGCUGCUGCGGGACAGCGAGGCUUUCUGUAGCCGCAACUGCAGCUCUGUCAGCCGGGACAACGACACCCUGUUCGCCGACAGUAGCCUCCGCGUCGUGCGCCACAUCCUGCUGAGGGCUGCGUGCCUGAAAAAGUGCAAAGCGGAUUUUCCUGUGUUUAACCUCGCGUACCCUCGGAGGGAUGUGCUGGAAACUUUCGGGCAGAGGAUACCGUAUCGGUACUUACAGUAUGCACACUACCAGCUUAACAACCUGGAGAAGGCUGUGGCAGCAGCCCACACCUUCCUGAAGAAGAACCCGACUGAUCCCCAUCUGACCAAAAACAUGAACUACUACAAGACGCUGCUUGAUGUGGAGGAAUACCUCAUCGACCACGAGGAGCAGCCCUAUGAAAGUGUUUUCCUGAAGAGUGUGACGCUGUACAACAACGGAGACUUCAGCAGCAGUGCCCGAAACAUGGAGCAGGCCAUCACGCAGUACUUUGAAACAUACAGCAACUGUUUAGCAGGCUGUGAGGGCGCAUAUGAGAUCUUGGAGUUCAAAGACUUUUAUCCCACCCUGGCAGAUCUCUACAUCGAUGUGCUGAAAUGUAAGGUGAAAUGUGAAGAGCAUCUGACGCCCAGCGUUGGCGGCUUCUUCGUGGAGAAGUUUGUAGCCACCAUGUAUCACUACCUCCAGUUUUCUUAUUAUAAAUUGAACGACGUAAAGAACGCCGCUCCGUGCGCAGCCAGUUACAUGCUGUUUGACCCGAAGGACCAGGUGAUGCGGCAAAACGUGGAGUACUAUCGCUUCUACCGGGAGCAGUGGGGGCUGGAGGAAAUCGACUUUCAGCCUCGGCCUGAGGCUCUGAGGUAUUUUAACGUGACAACCAAGCAAAAAGAGAUGUUGGAGUUUGCACUGAACUAUCUACAAACGGAUGAUGAGGAGGUGGUAAGUCCAGAAGAAACGGCCGCCUCUCAAUCGGAGCAUCCCGACGCUGAGUUUGAGGGUGAGGGAGACUACGAGGAGUCCUUCCUGGCUGGUUGGUGGCAAGAACCUAAAACAAAGUGGGACACCGGAGAGGUCGCAGACUGACGUGUGUCCUCGUCUCCUGUCCAGCUCUGUCCCACCUCUCAUGACAACAUAGCGAAGAAUGUUGGCAGAGAGACACACAGACAGACAGACUGACUGACUUGGCAGAGAAAAAGGACAACUCACACAGUUUAUCCAUCAUGUUGAUCAAGAUCAGAGAUUGACAUAUUCUGUCUUGGCUGUCAUCAGCCUUUUAAAACUGUUAAUGUUAUAACCAGUCAUUGGUGUGUAUGUCAGUACUCGUUAGUGACUUUUCUACAGUUUUUAUUUACAGGUUUUAUUUAAUGAAAGCUGAAUGCCUCUGUGCUGUGCUAUAAGGAAGACGACGCGUAGCUUUUCUUACACUGAACGAUGUGUCGACCACCAACUGGAUUGCUGUAAUAAUAAUUUGCUUUUAAUUAAAAUAAUUUUUUUAAUACAC